AUGUCCACCACUCUUACUAGCUUGUUUCUUCUUUUCAUAUUCAUAUUCCUCUCUCAAACUUCUCCCUCUCUCUCAAAAAGAUGCCAUCCAGAAGAUGAAAGAAUCCUCCUCCAAAUCAAAAAUGAAUUCAACAAUCCAUCUCUUCUCUCCUCAUGGAAACCACACACUGAUUGUUGUAACUUCAACUGGUACGGCGUUGGUUGUUCCGCCUUAAUCAACGAACGUGUCGGUUAUCUCAGUAUCUCAAACGACACAAACCUUUCUUCUCAGUUUCCUCCAUCUAUAGGUAACAUACCUUUCUUAGAGGCAUUAUUUAUCUUUGAUCUACCAAAUCUCACUGGACCAAUUCCACAGUCUAUAACCAAACUCACCAAGCUCAAAUACCUCACAAUCAGCUCAACCGCCGUAACAGGACCAAUACCAAAUUUCACAGACCAAUUUACAAACCUAGUUAACUUGGAUCUGUCGCACAAUAACCUCUUUGGGACACUCCCUCCUUCACUAUACAAACUACCUAGUCUUUCUGGUGUUCUCUUUAACAACAACAUGUUAACAGGUUCAAUCCCUUCAACGUAUGGUUACUUCAAUAACAGCAACGUGGCUUCUUUAGAUCUUUCUUUCAACAAGCUCUCGGGGAAACUACCUAUUUCAUUGGCCAUGUUGGAUAUUUACCUUCUAGAGUUGGCUUAUAAUAAGUUUGAAGGUGAUGCUUCUAUGCUUUUUGGUUCCAAUAAAAAGACAUUGGUAGUAGACAUUUCGGGGAACCAUUUUGCUUUUGAUUUUGGAAGAGUUCACUUGUCUCAAACCAUAGCAACUUUGGAUGUGAGUCACAAUAAGAUCUAUGGGAAUUUUCCUAUGGCAAUGGAGAAUGUAACGUUUUUGAAUGUGAGCUAUAAUAGGUUAUGUGGUGAGAUUCCAAAGGUUGGAUAUUUCAACACUUUUGAUGUUUCUUCAUUCAUUCAUAACAAGUGCUUGUGUGGAUCUCCUCUUCCAAAUUGCAAGUGA